AUGGCGGGCUGGCCGGGGAUGUUCGUUGCUGCCGCGGUCCUGCUCUGCCUCCCGCACCCGGGCUCCUGUGUACGCGGAGAGGCCUUCUUCUUGGGGCGCCAGUGCAGCGUCGUCGGUGACGUGGCCGACUGCUCGCGACGUGGCCUCUCGGCCGUGCCAUCCGGGCUGCCGCCCUCCAUCGCCCAGCUGGACCUGUCUCACAACCGCAUCGAAUCGCUGUUAGCCAACGACUUUUCCGACGUGCCGUUGCUUCGCGUCCUCAACCUGGCCUUCAACCGCGUUCGCGACAUACAUCCCGGGGCUCUGGCGCACACCGCUCUCCUCCAGCACUUGGACCUCUACCACAAUGAGCUGCUCGAGAUCCCCGCGGAAGCCGUGGGCAACCUCCGCCUGCUGCAGGUCCUCAACAUCGCCAUGAACAACUACACGUCUUUCGUGCUGGGCGGAGCGUUUGCAAAUCUGCACAGCCUCAGGUCGCUUACUAUCGGCACCGCUCGCACGGACGUCCUCAAUGCGUCGGACUUCACGGCACUGCAGAACGUCAGCGUGACGCAUCUGAACGUCCACACAGGCUCUCCGCUCAUGAAGUUCGAACCAGGAGUGUUCGCCCCGUUUAAGAUGCUUCAGAGCUUCCGAAUGAACUUUACCGUCGAUGACGACCCGGUCAUAUUUUCCAAGGUUCUCCUCGAUUUAAAUAAAACGAAGGUUUCCGAGUUUCAGACAGACCGAGUGCUGCUGAAUCCUGUGAAAAAUAUGUCCAUUGAUUUCUUUUAUGGCCUUGAAAAGUGCUCUCUGCUCAGAAACCUCACACUCGUUGCUGCCAACUUCACAGACCAAGAAAUAACGAGCCUGCUGAAAAACGUCUACUUGUCUCAGAUCACGUCUGUCGAGAUAACAAACUCCUCGUACACGGAUAAAAACGUCGUCUCAUUCUUCGGCCUUAAGAAUGUGACCAAACUAUCGCCUCUUGAGAAAGUAACAAUCAAUCAGAUUUUUCACCUGAACAUGACCUACCCAAAGUUUGCUAUCAAUUUCACACUUUUUCCAUCCUUUUCCAAACUUAAAAUAUCCCACACUGGCAUGAACAAAGUGGAGUGUUUUUUCAUGAAACUCAAAUUUAUCACUUGGCUCGACUUCUCAAGCAACCUCCUCGACGAGGAAGGCCUCUGGUGGACAAACUGCAAAUAUACAAUCAUCCUUCCACGCACCACUGAACUUUACAUCAGCAAUAACAAGUUCACGGAUCUGCAAAUCAUAUCCAGCAUGGUGUCUCUAAUGCCAAGCAUUACGUUGUUGGACGUUGGUUACAAUUAUAUCACUGACAUUGACGACUGCAGUUGGCCUCCAACUCUCGAAACACUGAUCCUGCGGAACAAUGACAUCAGCAAAGAUUCCCGCAUCUGCACAUCGCCGCAGCUGAAGGUGUUAGAUCUUUCUUACACGCGGAUGGAGGCUGUGCCCUAUUACAUCCUCGAUGAUGCAAAGUCCUUGAGAGAGCUGUAUCUGACGGGCAAUAACAUCCACUACAUCCAGCCAGAAAUACAGUCCUCAUCCCUGCAGGUCCUGCACGUUGACUACAACACGCUGGGAAUCAUAACUAAAGGGACAUUUCAACUCCUUCCGAAAAUCAGGGCCCUCAAAUUGGGAAACAACCUCUUUUAUUGCAUGUGCGACCUUUACUGGUUCCGCCAGACAUUUGAUAAAUCUCUCUUGGUGGAUUGGCCUCAAAAAUACGUCUGCAGUUAUCCAGAGAAUCUGGCAGAGAAGACUCUGGAUUGUUUCAACCCGAGCAUUGUAUCCUGCGACAAAAGGAUCGCGAUCGGACUCAGCGUCGUGAUCACGGCGGUGGUCGUAGCGUUGGUUUUGGGCCUGGGUUAUUACUUCGACGCCGUCUGGUACAUAAGGAUGGGCUGGAUAUGGGUGGGAGCCAAGCGGAGGGGCUACAAGCACGUAACAAGUGGGGAAGCGCCCCCCUUUGAGUACAACGCGUUCAUCUCCUACAGCCACAUGGACUCGGACUGGGUGGAAGGAACUUUGGUACCGAGGCUCGAGAACUCGGGCUCCAACCUGAAGCUGUGCGUGCACGAACGGGACUUCACCCCGGGGGAGUGGGUCGUGGACAAUAUCAUUCGCUGCAUCGAAGGGUCCUCCAAGACACUUUUCGUCCUCUCCAAGAGCUUCGUGAACAGCGAGUGGUGCAACUACGAGCUCUACUUUGCGCAGCACCGCAUAAUGGAGCAGCACCAGGACUCGCUCGUGCUGGUCCUGCUCGAGUCGCUGCCCAAAAACUCGCUGCCGAACAAGUUCUGCAGGCUGCGUCGGCUCCUCAACAGAAAGACCUACCUAGAGUGGCCGGCAGAGGAGAGCAAGCAGGCCAUCUUCUGGGCCAGCCUGCAGGCCAUACUGCAGACGACCUCCAGUCCCACCAACCCCGUGACAUAA